AUGAACGCGUGGGAGACGGACGACGAGUAUGCUUCGGCAGCUCAGCGGCCGUUGCCUACACCCGUAGACACACCCAGUAGGAACUCGUCGCGUCACUCGAGACGCUCAAGGCGGAAGAAGUCCGUAUCGCCAGUGCACGCCUCGUCGCCGGGCCCCAUACCCCACGCAGAUAUGCACAACCGAAGGGAGUCGAGAGACGUGUCGCAGGACGAAAACAUAUCCAUACUCGACCCGAGACGUUUCACCCCUACGCUCCAUGCGAACCUGGUGGCGGAAAUUCUCAACUUGAGACGGGAUCAGGAGGAGAAGAUACGUGCCAUUGAGGGGUUGGAAGAGACUCUCCAUGCGUCGAAAGGCGAGGUGGAGGAGCUCUCAUCCUCUCUGUCUACCAAUGCGAAGGAGAACCGAUCUUUGAAGCGCCAACUAGCGCUCCUGGAAGGCGGAACUUCCAAUGCGCUCGGGGAGCUGGCAAGAGAGCGCGACGAGGCUGUGGAAAGCAUUUCUGAUAUCAAGAAACGUUUAGAUGCUUCCCAGAAGAAGGUUCGCGCGCAGGAGGUGGAUUCCGAUAGGGUUCACAGCCUAUGGGCGCAAGACAAAGAUUCCUGGGACGAUGAGCGUAGGAAACUCGAACGCAAGGUCCACGUAGCUGAAGGACGCCUAAAGACCGUCCUUGAUGAGGUUGCAGCGUAUCAGGCCAGCCAUCCUAUACAGGAGUCCGAGGCUGAGGAGCUCGGAGGUCAUGGUAGUGACACGGCCAGCGUACGCUCUAUGAGCAUGACAAACAGUGUCCGCUUCUCUAUGCUCCCUAACGGGUCGAAGCUGAAUGGUAUGAGUCUUGCUGACGAGCUCGACUUCGGAGACGACGACGAGUUGUCGCAGAUGUACCAGGAUGGGCGCGAGAGCGUUCUCUCCAACACUCAUGGGCGCGAGAGCGUGCUUUCCAUGCAAGGGCGUGAAAGCGUUCUCUCCACAACGCAUAGGCGCAAUCUCAGCCGCGAUAGUAUGAUAUCAAGGAACCACAAACAUUCCCAGAGCAUUGAGAGCGUCAGGAGACCUGGUAGCGUUGCCCGCGGCCGCCUUCUUGCCAACCAGUCCGUAUUGGAGAAGCUUGAAGGGCGCAUUGCGGAAGGCGAUGAAACCUUGGUGCUCAGUAAGCCUGACUAUGUUGAUUCCAGCACACAGUAUUCUCCACCAAUCUCUGCCUCGAGCCCAGCUGUACUACCAGAUCCCGCGGCCGAACCGCAACCGAGACAAGUUGACAAUGUCCAAGGAGGAGAGACGGAGGCCAACCAACGCCGCAAACGCGUCCGAGCGAGUACCCCUGUUCCCCAGGUCGCUCCUCCCAACGCAGCGGAUACAAUGGUCUCUAGUGCGUGCCAGACCGUUGAUGAGCCACUUAGCCCACCGAGAACUCCCACGACACCGAUCGCUGUCUCGGAGGUGGAGAAGGAAUGUAUGAUCUCGAUCUCAACACAGACUGAAGGUGAAUGGGCCCUUGUGGUCAAGGCACCCCCUGUCCCACCAACAAUCCCACAAAUUUCAAUACACCCACCGACCUCCAGACCAGCAACCCCCAAGGAAUCGCUGCUACCGCAGUACUUCAAGGACGUUGCGUGCCAAGUCUCCAUGCAGGUAGCCGCUCCAUACAGCUCCGCUUCCGUGCAAACGGAGGAAAUCAGAGUUGAUAAGCGAUUAAAUCUCCUUCCCCUGCACCUACAGCCAUCAUCAAUAUCAUCAUGCCCUCCAUCUCCUGAGCCAUCAGCCCAGCCCACUGGCUUUUUCACACCUGGCGUGGUGCCGCCGCCUCGAAACCCGCGACGAAAGAAGAGCAACCAGAGCAUUGGAGAGCCGCCUUCGUCGCCGCCCGUUCCUAUGCGGUCACCUCCUCCCCCGCCAAUGUCAGCCGAGACACACGAUUCAUAUCCGGGCAACAAUGAUGAUGGACCUAUUUCGAUGGACAAGGGGAUCAGACGCCCUCCUCGCAUUAGCAGCUUGUUCGCUGGCUUUGAGAAUGUCAGCUCCGAUGACGCGGAUGACUUUGCCGAUGGUGAUCUGAGCGAUAGCGACUUCAGGACAGCUCUCUCUGCUCCAAGGCCCAGAAAAUCUCUUAACAGAGGCAAACGGAACUCGACUGCACCAACGUCUGUUCCAGAGGAUGAGGAGCCUGUUGAGGAAGCUGUCUCAAACCACGUGAAGAAGCAAGCCCGCCAAGCACAAGGGGGCUACGAUGCCAACGGCGAGGUGAUCUUGCGAGACAAUUCGAAUACGUCCGGCGUAAAGUCGGCCGUCACGCGAACUAUCCGACAAUUUGAUAAGCCGCUGAGCUUGGUAAUGCCACCUGCUCGACCCCAACAGACGACAAUGCGCCGUGCUGCUCUUAUAUCCAAUGGCAUUGCUGCGCACCAAGGCCGCUCUCGCAGCCCCAGCCUGCCAGAUGCUGUCAAGGAGCCACCAUUCCCCAUUCCGACGCGUGCAAGUUCUCGCAAGCCUCCCUUUAGCGCGAGCGCUCCCAGCGAUGGCAGCAGGAGCCCAACUCGGGAACCGUGGUCUCGCCGUUCAUCCGUUAGAGGACAUCACCGGAUCAAUAGCAUUCGCAAGGUUCGUUCUGCUGCCGCGCUGCCUGAUGUUGGUGGCAGAUCUCGACGUCGUGGGAGCAGAUCCCCGCCGCCGUUUUCGCCGUCGACAGAAGCUCCAGAGAGCCCACAGCUGCCGCCAAUGCCGAACAACGAAAUCACAUCGCCGUACAUGGCGCACCGCGAUAACCGAAGCUCGUACGGAUACAGCACACACAGGAAGCAGCCGUCGAAUACCACGGCGAAUACAUUUAAUACCCAACAAUCUGCUGGCAGCUCUGUUCAAGCCACUAGCGUGGUUGAUGCGAUUGCCCAGACUAUGGUCGGCGAGUGGAUGUUCAAGUACGUCAGGAGGAGGAAGUCGUUCGGAGUCCCCGAGUCGGGAGCCUUGGACAGUGAUGCGUCGAAUGGCGUUCGUCACAAGCGCUGGGUUUGGCUGGCACCGUACGAGAGAGCAGUCAUGUGGAGUAGCAAACAGCCAACUUCUGGAUCUGCUCUGAUGGGGAAGAGUGGUCGCAAGCUAACUAUCCAAUCUGUCUUGGACGUCAAGGACGAUAAUGCGGCGCCAAAGGGCGUUAACAACCUCUUCAACCGCUCCAUUCUCAUCCUGACCCCAGCACGCGCUCUGAAAUUCACAGCAACAUCACGAGAACGCCACUACAUCUGGCUAACCGCCCUCUCCUUCCUCGCGCACUCCUCCCAAGCCAUCCCCGAGGUAAUGGCACCGCACCCACCCCCAAUCGAAAGCGGCAACUUCGACAUCCUGCGCCAAAACGGCGCGCGCCUCCAGAAACAGCCCAUCCGCGACUCCAUCCGCGUAGCCAAGGGCCGCACAAUCCUCUCCACCCAAUCCGGCCCAACAACAGCCCAGUCAAGCAUCCACCGCGGCGAAUACAGCAUCCGCACCGACACCAGCACCCGCGGCGGCGCCAGCACCACUGACCACAGCGUCAAGGACAUCGGCGGCUCACACGGCGGUGACGGCUUCGUCCCCGACGCCGCGGACCCGCCCAUCGUCCCGCGCUUCACCGACCGCGCGCUAAUCAGCGGCAUCGGGCACGGCCGCAAGCGCAGUAACACCGGGUCGCGCAUCCCGCCGCCUCUCUCCUUCCGUGGCUUCUCAGAGCGUGGUGCCAUGUCGACGGGGGGGAGCAGUAAUGGCGGCGGUGGUGGAGGGGGGUUCAGCAAUUACGGACACGCGCCUGCAGGGAGCACGGCGGGGAUGAGCGUUGGGACGAAUGGGUCGAGCGAUAUCUAUACCGCUUCGCAGCGCUCGAGCUCCGUCAUGGGGGGGAAUAGUAUUUCCUUCUCCAACGGUCUGUCCAACAACUCCAACCGCACCUCUAUCCGCACCUCUGACGCGUCGUCGCGGCCCGGGGCGGUGGUGAAUAACUUCUUCGAAGCGGUGGGGACGGUGCGGAUGGAGGCUUUCAUCAGCCCCCUCGCGUUCCCGAGGUCGGAUAACGAUUACCCAGUCCAGAUUGAUGAUCUGGGGAUGGGUGGUGGCGGGUCGACGAGGUCGGGCGCUAAUAGGAGGAGGAGUAAGGAGAGGAGAAGGAGGAGUCGGAAUAGGGAUAGUUAUUAUGGGCGUGGGAGGGGGGCGUAUGCGGCGACGACGGAUGUGGAGGAUUGGUACGGGAGUAGGACGGCGGGGGAGGAGGAGAUGAGGGGGGGUGGGAGGGAUGAUCCGUUUAGAGGGUUUUGAGGGGGGGAGCUUAAUCACUUGACUCUGUUCGUCUGUUAUGAGAACGUGUUGAGGGGGUUCGAAGAGGGAGGAUUCGGAGGUUGGGACCAACAGUCCACCACCGACAGAAGAGAUUCGGUAGCUGGGAGCACCAGUCCACCGACAGAAAGCAGAUACAACAACAACAAUAACAACAACUGGCGCAUCAUUUUUACACACCAAAAUUUUUGGAGGAAAGGGAAAGGGGGAAAGGGGGCUGGGACCUUGUUUAUCUUGUUCUUUUGUUUUUUUUUCGGGAGUAUUAUACCAUUCUUGUCAUUCAUUUUCGGGGGAGAGAGAAGAGCGAGCUGCCUUCCUUGCUGUUUGCGUGGGCACUCUCUCCCGAUUUUUCGAUCAUAUUUUUGAUUUGUGUACACAAACCCAUUUGUUUGGCAUGUAGUUUUAUAUACGGAGCGGAGGGG